AUGCAAAACGGAGCUGUCGGAUCCUCCGCCAUCCUGUUCGCACGGUCAACCAUCGGCGCACUGGCGGGGUCGGUGAUGCAGAGUGGGCUACCAGAGCUCCAGUACUCGACGGAUCUGACUAGGGGAAUCGUUCCGAAGAACAUCCAUUCGCACAACGACUACUGGCGACAAGUGCCGCUCUUAGACGCCCUGAGUUUCGGCUGCAAGAGUGUCGAGGCGGAUUUGCACCUCGUGAACGGCGAGAUCCUUGUCGGACACAAGAGCGUCUCGCUUUCCUCGCCUCGAACGCUUAACAGCCUUUACCUAGACCCGCUGCUCGAGAUCCUCCAGAUGCAGAACCCGUCGUCCGACUUUCCGGCAAACUCCACGGCCGCGACUGUCAACGGCGUCUUCGACUACGAUCCCGAGCAGUCCUUGCAGCUCCUACUCGACUACAAAACCGACGGUCCUACCCUUCACCCCGCCGUCAUCUCCGCCCUCGACCGCUUCCGCUCGCUCGACCUCCUCACCACGUGGAACAGCGCCACUUCCUCCCUCUCGACCCGCCCCCUCACCGUCGUCUGCACCGGCAACUGUCCCCUCUCGCUCGUCAACGCACAGCAACCCCUCCGCGACAUCUUCUUCGACGCUCCCUUGAACGACAUCGGCAACUCGAGCUACACGUACGCCAACAGUAUGAUGGCGAGCACGAGUUUGAAGCGGUUCACGGGCUGGAUGAACAUGCUCGAUAUAGAUGAUGCGCUGUUUGCGAAGAUCCAGGGGAUGGUGCAGGCCGCGCAUGCGAAGGGGAUCAGGACGCGUUUCUGGGAGACUCCCAACUGGCCGACCUUUGUCCGCGACAACACCUGGCGGACGCUCCUGCGUGCUGGCGUCGACUGGCUCAACGCCGAUGACCUCUUGGCGGCAUCGCAGAUCUAG